GAGAGAGAGUUGAAACAGAAAACUUUAAGGGAAAAAAAAAAACACAAAACAGACCGAGAAAGAGAAAGGAGGAGAGUGUUGCACUCAAAAGAUUAAAAGAAGAAAAGGUUUCUGCUUGUUUGGAGGGUUGAAACAUCUCAACUCUGUUUUGGCUAUCAACAUCAUUGUCCCUUUGUACAGCUUUUACUUGCAAAGCUCUCUCCUUUUUUGACGGUUUCAGGCUUCUAAUUCUCUCUCACUCUCAAUUUUUGUCUUCGUACAUUUUUUUUAUAUAUUUUUUUGCUUUUUAGAGGUUUUGGCUAUCUGGGUUUAUUUUGAAGUUUUGAUAAACAGUGGAUAAACUAAAAAAGAUUGAAAACUUUGGUUCUGUGAUCUUUGUUUUGGCUCUGUUUUCUUAUCUGGGUGGUUUCAAUUGCUUUUUUUAUCAAUGGCUGUGGAGGAGAAAAUGGGUGGUUCUAAUGGUGAAGAUGGAGGCAAGGACCGGUUUCCAGUUGGUAUGCGUGUUUUAGCAGUUGAUGAUGACCCUAUUUGCCUCAAAGUUUUGGAAAAUCUGCUUCGUAAAUGUCAAUAUCACGUUACUACCACCAAUCAGGCAAUUACAGCCCUCAAAAUGUUGAGGGAAAACAGAAACAAAUAUGACUUGGUUAUUAGUGAUGUUAAUAUGCCAGAUAUGGAUGGCUUUAAGCUUCUUGAGCUUGUGGGGCUUGAAAUGGACCUACCUGUAAUCAUGUUGUCAGCUCACAGUGAUACCAAGCUUGUAAUGAAGGGGAUUACCCAUGGUGCUUGCGACUACUUAUUGAAGCCUGUUCGCAUUGAGGAGCUAAAAAACAUAUGGCAACAUGUGGUUAGAAGAAAGAAAACUGACUCUAAGGAUCAAAUUAAGGCCCCAAAUCAAGAUAAGGUUCGGGCAGGAAAUGGAGAAUUCGGUCAAACAUCAACAGGCAGUUCUGACCAAAAAGUCAAUAAGAAGCGAAAGGACCAAAGUGAAGAUGAGGAAGAAGAGGGUGAAGAUAACGGACAUGAGAAUGAUGACCCUUCAAGUCAGAAGAAGCCUCGAGUUGUUUGGUCUGUAGAGCUGCAUAGGAAGUUUGUUGCAGCUGUCAACCAAUUGGGUCUUGACAAGGCCGUUCCAAAGAAAAUUCUGGACCUGAUGAAUGUUGAAGGACUCACAAGGGAAAAUGUAGCAAGCCAUCUACAGAAAUAUAGGCUUUACCUGAAACGACUCAGCAGUGUUGCAACUCAGCAAGCAAACAUGGUUGCUGCUUUAGGCAGUAAAGAUCCCUCUUACUUGCGCAUGAGUUCACUAGAUGGCUUUGGAGAUUUUCGCACAUUGACUGGACCUGGAAGGCUUUCAAGUGCUUCUCUAUCAUCGUACCAACCGGGUGGAAUGUUUGGUAGACUGAACUCAGCUGCUUUAAGCCUACGUGGGAUUUCUUCUGGUGUCAUUCAACCGGGACAUUCUCAAACCUUGAACAAUUCAAUCAAUGGUCUUGGGAAGAUUCAGCCAGCUGUGUUGCCUGCAAACCAAAAUCAAAAUGGAACUUUGUUUCAAGGGAUCCCAACCUCAAUAGAGCUCAACCAGCUGUCGCAGAACAAGUCCACUAACCACUUUGGAGAAUUUAAUCGUGUUAAUGAUCCAAAUGUUUUUGGUGUUGCCACUAACUUCUCUGAUGCCAGAGUGCCAGGUGGUGGCUCGAGCAAUUCUCUAUCUACUGCCUCAGGCAACCCUUUGUUGUUACAAGCAAACACACAACAGACACACACUAGUGGUUCAUUUGGAAAUCAAUCAUCUCUUGGUGUGGCAUCACUGAAUCAGGAAUCAUUUGACAUGGGUGUUCGUGGUUCUUCUAAUUUUCUUGAUCAUGGUAGAUGCAGUGAAAACUGGCGGGGCGCAGUUCAAUUAUCCAGUUUCCCAUCAAGUUCAUUGUCAACAAGUGAAGCUUUCAAUCACGAGCAGUUGCCACCUAAUAAUUUGCAGGAAAAUCUCUCUUGGACGAGCUCUCACGUUAGUAACAGCCCUAUUGAUCUUUCUUCUUCCAUGGCAAAUUCAGCACGUUUGGAGGACUCUAGAGGAGACAUGCAGUGCCAAGUUGGCCUAAAUAAUAAUGUUAUCCAGAAUAUAGGUUACACAGCAAAGCAACAGUGGGGAGACCGCAGACAUGAUUACAAUGGAAAUUUAAAUAAUUCAUUUAGCAGGGUGGACUCCCUGGUUUCUGCAAGUGGUGCUGUGAUGGACCAAAGUAAUGCCGCCACCAGUAAAAGGACUGAUGUCUCUUUGUUCAGUCAAUUAAGUGGUGAUGCUCCUUAUGUUGUUCAGCACCCUGAGGGUGAGAAAUCAGCUUUGGAUGCAAAAUUGAGGUCCAAUGAGGACUAUCUCUUCGAGCAGACAAAGCCACAAAGUGGUUUCAGUCAAAAUAAUUUUGAAUCCUUGGAGGAUAUAAUGAGUUCCAUGAUCAAACAGGGACAAAAUAAUGACACAGCAUUGAUGGAUGGGGAAUUUGGGUUUGAUGCAUACCCCCUUGGGUCAUGUAUAUGAGACGGUUGAUGCUGAUUCUUGAACAAAAGAAGGUGACAAUGGCAUAAGUCUACCUCUCUUUACGAGAGUCUGUAUCAAUAUGUAAUUUAUUCUCUAUUGCUACAUUUGAUUUCUGGUUGAAAUUGAUGACAGAAUCCUUUUUGGAA